GCUCACAAUACACUUCCAACGACCAGGGAACGGGGGAGGAGAGUGGCUGCACGUGUGUUGCAGCGGACCCAUGUCUUAGAAGUGGAUGGGCAACACUUUCCUCUUAAAAUCAGGAAUGCUGACACGCCUGAGGUGGACGUGCCAGUCAAGGCCGAUCUGGAUGUGAGCAUGUUCUCCAAGGACAGCGAGGAGGUGCUCCAGAUUCCCCAGCUACCCAUUCAGGGCUCCUUUCAGAAGUUCAGUGUAGUGAAGGCCCAACUGCAGCAGGUCUUACCCCAGGACACAAGCACCCUGCGCCACAGCAGCCCUUCGCCAUCCAGUCUCAAUAGCCAUGCCUCUGGGGCCAUUUCCAAAUCCUCAAUCCGCUGCAACCCAUUUCCCAGCCCGCAAGCAACCGGGUAUGUUGGGGACAACUUGACCCAUGUGAGGAACACAUCCCCCAAACCAGUGGAAUCCAUCUCCCAGACCCCAUCUUGCAGUGAGGUCUUCUUCAUAACGGACGCAGAUGUGCUCUGUUAUGCCCUGUGCGUCAGGAAAAAGGACAUUGAUUCCAUUCUUGGAGGCCACACAACUCAAAUGGAUGUUAAGCCAGCUGAAGGUUCAGACCUCCGCUUUGUUUUCCUUGAAGGGAAGAGUCCAGAGCGGGUUAUGGAAAAGCUGCAGGUUUUUCUCAACAAGCUUCAUUUAAGACUACGAACUCAAGAAAUCCCACUAUGGACACUCGAUCGCGACCGACAGGUUAGAAUUCAUCAACUGGUUCAGAAGUAUAAUAUAAUUUAUCCUACUGUCCUCGUCAAUCAGGUUGGAGAUCUCCUCCGCCUUGUAGGACCUUCAAGGAAAGUUAUGAGAUGAAGCAGAGGC